AUGCUUUUUGGGCAAGGUGACAUGGGGGAGGCUCGUGCCUUUAAAGACAUUCUCAAUUCCUACAUGAUGGCCUUGGGUCAAGAGGGCAACCCUGAGCAAGCUGGGAUAGGAUACGUUUUUCAUAACUGGGAAGGGAAGGAAGUAGCAUCCCUUGCCUCUCUGGUUGGCAUCAACACAAACAACUGGGCGGAAUUGUUGGCCUUCGUGGAAGGCUUGCUUUUAUGUAGGAAACUUGAAGCUAAAUGCUUAGAUAUUGAGGGAGAUUCGGCUAUAGUUGUCAAUGCUCUAAGAAAAGGAAGCAUGCCCAAUUGGAAACUUAAUACCUUUCUAUCAAAGGCUAUGGACCUAUGCAAGGGUUUUGAGAGGUUUACAGUUAAUCACAUCUAUAGGGAAGGUAAUAAAAGAGUAGAUGAGCUAGCGAACUUGGGGGCUGAUGGCAUCAAGCUCCUGUCUAUGCCAACCUAA